UACACUCAUGUUUUUGGCGCUUUGUUUUGCGGCUUCGUCUCUUUUGAUUUAUUAAGAUAUUGAAUGAAAAUGGAAUGUUAAACGAUUGAAUGGCGUUCGAUUUAGAAAAUAUUACAAACUGUUUCUUACCCCAAUUGGUUGAACAAGUCUUCGAAAACUACCAAGUAAAAUCCAACAGUUGCAGCCUCACGAAAGAGGACCGAGAGCAGCUGUUUUACGACCUUUCGCAAUUGCUGGGAGAAGAGCUAGUGGAGCGAUCCCUGCAUUUGCUGGACGCAUAUAGUUUUACCUACUACUAUUCUGAAAACAAUCGGAGGCAGUGCCUUGUGGAACUCCAAAAAGGAACGAUUUAUUUUCGAGUGAUCCCGGGGACUAACUACUGCAAGUGCGACUUCUUUCAAAGCUAUGUCCUGCAGCUUCCCGGUAUAGUUCUAUACCACGACCUUCCAAGUGGAAUAACCACUACACUUGACGGCUGGUGCGCAGGUAGCAAAGUCUCAUACACAUGCCCGCACGUUUUGGCCCUUAAAUUGCAUCGAUUGCUGCAGAAUCCUGCGGGACGCAAGUCAACUGAGCAGACAAUCGCUGCUAAAGAGUUCCGGAUGCUGCGCAGCUCCAUCUUCCAAGACUAG